GUACGCCGAGCGAUUUGGGAAGGGGAAACGAGGGAGUAGAUUGAAACGCUUAAGAACGCGUUGGCCCACGGUGGUGCAAACAUUCGUUUCUGAAGUGUCGUCGGUGUCACGUCGACUCUGUGCAAGUCCCGAAUUUGCCUGCUAACAAAGAGCUCAGGUGAAGUUGGUCAAGGAUGAAGUUAACUAUCGCCCUGCUGAUGGUCAUCGCCGUCGUGAUGUCGACGACGGUCAUGGCGGAGGACGGUGAGGAGGCUCACGAGGAGGGCCAGGGUGACUACGUGCACCUGCCAGGGAAAAGCUGCGACGACGCACCGCCUUGUCCCGACGGCAGACCCUGCAUAAUGGCACCCCCUCAUUGCAACAGCGGCACUUGCGGCACGGAUCCGGUACCGCAGUGCGGGGAGAAACCCGCCUAAACGCGCGGGCUGCCCGAAGGAAAAUCUCUAUGCUGUAUCUCCGAUCCUCUAUAUUGUAUCUUAAUGCUUCUGGUGAUUAAUAAAAAAUAAUAUCAUGUCGCUGAUAGAAAAUCAAACCGCGCGUUCACGUGUAAACGCGAUUGCGCGCAGGCAAACGGAAAGAAAUACGAUUUAGAAAUGUCAGAUGAAUGUUAGUGGCUAGUUCGAAUUUUCCUGUCGCUGCUAAAAGUUGGCUAUUAAAGGUAAAAUACAUUCGC